UUUAGUAGAACAGAUAGAAGCCAACAUGGAGCAAGCCAAAGAGUAAGAGGGGUAGGGCUUGAGUGGGCCUGGAGGGUACUCCUCAAAACCCAGUUUUAACACCUAUACACUAUCUAUAUCACAAACCUCUACUACAUCAUCAUAUUUUUACACUAAAGAGGCCUGAGAGGCAAACCAGGAGACCUCAUUGGGAGCCUGGGCUUAUUAAGGCCGGCUCAGUGCUGAGCGAGAUCACAGGAUUUAUUAAUAGCUUAUUCUUAUAGAUCGGAAAAGUGGGUCAUGGAAGAAAGUGAAGAAAUUGAUAAAAAUAUUUUAAAGAAUAUCUUCUUGAAAAUUUGGCGUGAUAUGGCUUUUUCAGGAUUGUUUGAUUCUCGAGCCUAUAAUAAGAACGUAGCUUAUGGAAAAAUUCUUGAAUUAAAUUGAAGGUUCAGGAAAGAAUCGAAUCUUUGUAAUGGUUUGAAACCUUUUGUGAUGUUCAAUCUGAAUAAAGUGUCUUUGAAUGGUUUAACAAAAAGAAGAAGCUAUGUUAAAGAUUUUCUCACCAAAUCAUUUCCUAAGAAGAUUGUGAAACUAUAUAUCUCCUUCAAUAAACCUUUAAAGCUAAACUCAGCAUAUUACAUGAAUAGCAUGAUCAAGAUUGGUCCGAAUGUUCAGAAGAUAGCACGUUUUAAAUGCCUUUGGCUGAAUUCUAAGCAACUCAAAAGACUAUUGAGUGCAUACAAGCAUGUGACUCAAUUGAGUCUCUCAUACUGCUUAUUUUGUCUACCUGCGCAUGUAGAUUUGACAAUGGCUCUGAAGGACACACAGAUAACUCACCUCAGUUUUUCAUACUCUUCUUCUGCUGAUCCAAGUGAUUGGAAGGAUAAGCCAACAGGCUUGCUGAAUUUAUUGAAGAGUUUAGGAACUUCGCUAGAUUUAAUCCUCAUGCUGCAAGCACUGUGCCUGGCCGGCUGGGUCACCAAGAAAUCUCUGCUAAGAAAGACACUGAGUGACAAUAAUCUUGGAAGAGUUAAGCUAAAGAGGUCGAUUAAUGAUUAG